AGUGAUCUUCUGCUAAUAAAUGAAGAGUACUGGGGAUAAUGAUAUCUGUUGCAUAAGGAAAAUGUUUUCCUAUAAGGGAAAAUUAUACUCUCCCCCCCUUUUUAAAGAAGACAGAGUCGCAUAUAUAAUUCAAAGAAAGGGAGAUUGAGCACAUUAAACGGGAAAGUGUCACUCCCUUACGACAGGAAUAAACUGCUGUUUUAUUGUUCAAAGAUAACAUUAUUUUGCAAAUAUUUUAAAUUUAAUAACCUAGGAAUGCAUGUGUUGUGAACAUUUGAAUUAAUAAAACAGGGAUGCAUGCAUAAACUGAGGCCAUAUAGGGCCAUGUAUAACUCCCAAACCAUUUUGUAUAGCCCCCCCCGGAGUCUUCUAAAAUUAGCUAAUUAAUAUGAAGUCUCAUCAUCUUGAAACAAGAACGUUAUUAAUCUUAGUUUGAGAUUUAUAAUUUUACUUUACCCUAUAAGCCUUAAGAUGAAUAAACUUCUAGAAAGUGUUUGAAAUCCAAGUAAAAACAUAGCAAACAUUAGCUAUUUUUAGGUGGGAGGGUUGAUAUGUGUUUAUAUCUAAAUGCAGCAUAGGUAUUCUUUGAGUUAUGGCUAUUCAUUCAGUGACUAUUUAAAGAUGCAAUAUUGCUGAAUGCGGGUCCUCAUAGUUCUAGCCGUCGCAGCUUGCUCACAGUCGUGUCACAGCAUCCCUGUCAUAGGUCUUUUUUUCAAACCAUGCUCAAUUGGAUUAACCCAAGAGAGACACAAAAAGCACUGGAUUCUGGACAGAUGGUUUCUUCAUAACUCCUAUGAGGAUUGGAGAUCUGGGGGUGAGGGAUGUAAAAACAAACGUACCAAAGUGAUAUAUGUGUGCUUCCUAUAUUCUUUUCUAUUGCUAUCACUAUUCUGUUACUGUGACAGUUGCUAUUACUCUGUAUAGUAGAACCUCUGGUCAUGACCAUAAUUUGUUCCAUAACUUUGGAACAAAUUUGAUCGUGACCUGAACCUAAUUUUGGAAAUUUGGUGCUUACAAAAAAAUGGCACAGAAGGGGAAAUCGGCCACACAAAAAAUUGUCAAUUUUUUUGGUUGAAACAGGAUUUGGUCAUGAUCAGAAGCGUUCGUGACCAGAGGUUCUGCUGUAUUCUCUUCAAUUACUAUUACUCUGAAGUUUGUAUUAUACACUAUUAUUAUUCAAUAGACUCUUAAUAUUACCUAUUACUAUAGAACCUAUUACUCUAGGACAAUUACGCAUAUACUAAGCUUUGUACUAUUACUGCUAUGCAUCAACAGUUCUAUCUUAAGUCCCCUCUCUCUGACAUUUCUUCUGUUUCCCUUAAUGGCCAGCAUGUUGAGUUCUUGAAUUCUUUUGUACAUUGCACUUGGUCUUGAUGGGCCUCUACACUUAUCCUCCUCUCUUUUGAACCAUCCACUGCUUCUGAAGGAAAAACAUCUUCUUUUAUUCAACUGUUUUACUCUGUUUGAUGGUGGCGUAAGAUACUUAAGAUGUAUCUCCUCUGUUCUCCUGUCUUCCCAUACAUGUCAAGGUUGCAGCUUUAUUGACUAUUCUUGUUAUUUCCAUUGUUCCUUACUGGCUUCCUACAAGCAAAGUCAAUGGGUAAGCCAGUGGGAAGUCAGAAAUCAUAGUGAUGUGAGGACUUCACUUAACAAUUCAUGUAGUCCAGACAGCAAACUGGACUACUAGAAUUUGCCAUUGCUAACAACAUGAUCAUAUGAUAUUAAUGUUUAACCACCAUGUCAUGGAGCAAUAGCAAUUCCAAUCCCAAUUGCCACAAUAAGCUGAGGACUACAGUAACGGUAUAGGAAAUAACAAUAAAAAUUCAACAAGUGAUAAACAUGUGUAUACAUAAAUAAAGCAGUCAGCUCAGUGAAUGUUAUUUCUACGAUAAUCUAAAUUAUUCGUUGGGCGUCGCUCAAGUCCAAUUCUUCCAGCUUCUUUCUGAAAAAAGAAAAGAAUCCUUUUUAACUUUAUGAAAUCAGAUUCCAAAUGUAGUUCAAGGGAGAGUCAUUUCCAGAGAGAAGGAGCUAAAUGAGAAGAGGCCAUAUGAAAUAUGAGGUGGCCACUCUGCCAUGUGAAAAAAAUUAAAUGACCCUUCAGCUACAUUGAAAGUUGCAAGGUAGGGACAUCUUUUGGACUAAUUCUAGACUCAGUGCUUUCAGGAUGUAGGUUGUCAGCAUUUGAGAGGAUCUAAUUUUGGUGAUAUUAUAAUGUUAUUCUCUGUGCAGCAGAGGCAUAAUCUGGAGGGAAUUAUCUUCUAUCCCAAGCAAUGCAGGACAUUCUUAGAUUGCUUGUAGAUCAUCUGCAAUGUUCAUCUCCAUAGCAAGUAUGUCUUUUUGCGAUGAAAUGUAAUAGCUAGAAACAUGCAAAUCUACAAAUCAGUUAUGGUUUUAGUAGCAUCUUUUGAUAUCAUUGCUGUUUAUCUAAAAUCCUUUCUCCUUUUUUUUUUAAAAAAAGCUUUUUAUAGUUUGCCCUGUUACCAUUACAGGACCAGAAUCUGAGAAGUUGCUCAGCUAAAAUAAAACCUCUUGCUUUCCUCAGAAAUGAUUGGUUGGGCAAAUACUUAAAAGGAUUCAUAGCUGUGCUUUCUCUCCCUGAAAUUAAACUAUUACCGAAGCAUGCAUACCUUUUGUGUUUAAUACUCUUGUGAUGUAUAAACUGCAUAAUAAAAUCUGAACCAGAUAUAUUUAGUCUGAAAUCUUAUACCUUGUCUUUCAGUCAUUCAGUCAAAUGAUUAAGUGCAACAUACAUACUUAGCGCGCUGUUCCCUUUUAGGGGAACCAGUGAUAUGCAGCGGAAAGAAUGUCGGCGCGGGCCGUGGCUGACGUCAGAGGGGAGCAACGCAGAGCGGCGGUGGCGGCGGCGGCCAGCAGGCAGCAGCGGCGGCCCCGGCACGGAGGAAGCAGCGGCGAGAGCGGCCUCGGCCCCGCCACCACCACCACCGCCACCGCCACCACCACCAUCCCCGCCAGUGCAACCAGCGCCACCAGCGCAGCAAUGGCGACCGUCGGGGAGCGCAGGUCCUUGCCUAGCCCGGAGGCAAUGCUGGGGCAGCCCUGGAGCCAUUGGGUCGACGCUGCUAAACUUCACGGCAACGAUGGAGCAGCUUUAGAAGAAAAUUUUAAAGAGUAUGGUAAAAACCGAGAAGCGAUGCGACUUUGUAGGGAAGAUAUGCCAAUAUUUGGUCUUUGCCCAGCUCAUGAUGAUUUCUAUUUGGUGAUGUGUAACCACUGUAAUCAGGUCAUAAAACCACAGGCAUUUCAAUCACAUUAUGAAAGAAGACACAGCUCCUCCAGCAAACCACCUCUGACACCUCCUUCCUCUUCAGUAUUCUCCUUGUAUUCAUCUCUGUCUUCAAAAAGUAAAGGUAGCAGCGGAGGAGGGAGCAAUCGCUCAUCCAGUGGUGGAGGGGCAAGUACAUCGUCCUCAUCCAGUUCAAAAUUAUUGAAAUCACCCAAAGACAAGCUGCCAAUUGGUGGAAACAAUAGGCCAAUGCAUCCAAUGCAUAGCAAAGGUCUCCAUGACAAAAUCAUGACUCCAUCUGUCAAAGUGGAAAAAAUACAUCCAAAGUUAGAUGGUGCAUUACUGAAGCCUGCUGUUGGUCCAACCUGUUCUACUACUGUGAGCUCUUCAAUAAAGACUGGCCUUAAUCCCUCAAUACCAAAGCCACCCUUGCCUUCCCCUGGACAGAUACUGAAUGGUAAAAGUCUUCUCUCUGUGCCUCCAUAUACAGAAAAGAAACAAGACGAGAGUACAAAUAAUAGGAAAUUUUUACACAAAAGACUGUCAGAGAGAGAAUUUGAUCCUGAUAUCUACUGCGGAGUCAUUGACACAGAAACCAAGAAACCCUGUACCAGGUCAUUAACAUGCAAGACACAUUCCCUAACUCAGCGAAGAGCUGUGCAGGGUCGGAGGAAACGAUUUGAUUUAUUACUAGCUGAGCACAAAAGCAAAACCAGGGAAAAAGAAUUACUCCGCCAUUUGGAUCAUCAUCAGCAGAUGCCCCUUCUCAGGGAACCACAUCCCUCACCUUCAAGGACUUCCCAGGAGCUGCACCAAAAUUCUCAUGGAGUUAUUCCUACAGAAUCAAAGCCUUUAGUACCUAAUAAACUCAAACCUCACACCCCCAGUCUUCCAAGGCCUCCAGGCUGUCCUGGCCAGCACAGUGGGAAUGCCCCUAGUGAGUCUCCAUCACUCCAUGAAUCUCCACAUGCUCCCUUGCCUGCAGCUGAGCCAACAUCUCGGUUAUCCAGUGAUGAGGGAGAAUGUGAUGAAAAAGAAGAGCCUGUUGAAAAACUGGAUUGUCUUUACUCGGAUCAUCAUCCUCAAGCAGCUGCUUUUUGCACAUUUGGUAGUCGACAAAUCGGAAGAGGUUACUACGUGUUUGAUAAGCGGUGGAACCAUAUCCGAUGUGCACUUAAUGUCAUGGUGGACAAACAUCUUAAUUCACAGAUGUGGAAGAAGAUUCCUCCUGCGACAAGCAACUCAGCAUCCAUCCGCGCUCCCCACCGGACAAGUGCCAUGCCCGCAUCACAGUACAGUGUGAGCACAGCCAGUUCCACGUUCCCUACCACUGCCGUGUCCCCUCCAGGGCUUGUGUCUCCCUCUUGUUUAUCUCUUAGUGGCAAAUCAGUACCAUCCCAUGGGACUACGCUCAAUGCCAACCCUGCUAGUUUUGGUGCCGCAGAACCCACCUGCAGUAUGCAAUCGAGACAAGGGUCUACAUCCCUUUCAACACCUCCAGUGCUUUCCUCAAUACCUUCACCUCUGUCCAGCAAACCUCAGAAAUUUAAAUCCAGCAAGUCUUUCAAGCCCAAGGAAAUUUCUGCUAGCAGCGCCAACUGUAACAGUAACAGUAGCAGUAGCAACAGCGGUAGCGGCAGCUCAGGAAAGAAGCGUAAGAACAGUUCCGUGCUGCCGGCAGCUUCUUCUCAUUCCAUGGAGUCCUUUAGGAAAAACUGCGUUGCGAACUCUGGAAACUCGGGGGCUUCUUUUCACUCGCCUGUGAUGUCUUCAUCCCACGGUGUUGGCCUCAACUGUGUGACUAGUAAAGCGAGCUUGCUUAGCCUCAAGCAUGACCAAUCAGGGAGGGGGCCUCCAACUGGGAGCCCCGCGGAAUCGAUCAAGCGAAUGAGUGUGAUGGUGAACAGCGGCGAUUCUACCCUCUCACUGGGACCGUUCAUUCACCAGUCCAGCGAACUGACUGUAAACUCGCACGGCGGGUUUUCGCACUCCCAUCCUUCCCUAGAUAAACUCAUAGGAAAAAAAAGAAAGGGCGGGCCUGGUUCAAGUAGCCUAAGCAGCAGCAGCAGCAGCAAAGCAAGCAAGAUUGCCAAAUUGCCACCGGUGAACAACAUUCACACAAAACACACUGGUGCAAUCCCAGGGACACAAGGAUUGAUGAACAAUUCUAUUCUUCAUCAGCCAAAGGCACGUCCCUAGCAGUUGACAGUACCAUGACAGAACUGGAUUAUUUUCACUACAAGCAGAAAAAAAAAAUCUCCAUCUGGAAAUUCUGGACUCCCUGAUGUCUUUUGAGUUCUCCCAGCUUCCCACAGUUCUCAGGUGUGGAAAUCUACUAGUCUGUCACUCAAUCAAGGAGAAUCCCUGAAGCCAUGUCUGUAGCAACAGAGAUUGGAAAUGGACACUGGAUUGCCGUUCAGCCACAGGAUUAUUCCUAUCAGUGUUACCAGUGGUCUGGACUGCUUGCUACACAUCCCUGUGAGGUUUUAUUUCCAGGAGUACAUCAUUUUUGCCACUAAUUCAAACAAGAUUGGUUGGGCAAAGCAGUGUUUGGGAAAGAAUAUUUACUAUGGACUUGUGUUUUCUUUUCUUUACCGAUAGUGUCAUAGGCCUAAUUAACCGCUCUUUUGGCACUGUCCUAGUGAAAACCCUUCCAGAAGGGGGCACAAAUGUGUUAGGCACAAUAAAACAGACAGAUAAGCCCUCCAGAAGGGAAUAUGGCUUUAGUGUUUUAUAGCAAUGUUCCUUGAUUGGAAUCCAAAAAAAAAAAAAAAAAGAUAGCACAAUUUAGAAAUGAAAGUCUACAUUUUGCCCAGCGUUUUAUAAGUAAUUUGGGAUAAGAAGCUGACAGGAGUUCUUAAAACAAAACACAAGUUUGGGGUCAUCACUCGAAAACUAAAAAGCAUAUUUAAAUUGUGAAACCACAAGGUACAGAACAAUUUUUAAUGGGAGUUGUCCACCAAGCAUAGCUGCCUCACCUCCUUCAUUCCUUCCAGUGGAGGUUGUGUGGGGCUCCUCUACGAGACCCACUGAAAUGAAUGAAGGUUGCGCAAUGGCAUUCUUUGGAGGAGGAUGGUACCUGCUUGAUUCUGAAAUAAAAUUGCUUUGAUUCUGAUACACAGACCGAUGCAAAACUCUUGAAUCCAAAAUGGUGAAUGACCUCUAAAACUUAUUCCCAAAGAAUAUAUUCUUGACCUAUACUGUACGCCAUACGCCUUUGUUGUUUUGGGGAGGUGUGGGUGGGGAAGGAUGAAAAAUGAAACCAAAAAGAAAGAAAAAAUCCUUAAAAAAAAAAACACCUAAAUUGCAAUCAUCUGUAACACUAAAUUUUCUGUGCUAUUUUUCUCGAAAGAUUUUUCCAGCAAGUUGAUGACUUUGUUCACACAACCAAAUCACCUUUUUCUGAAGUCCCCCUUCAGAUUUUUUUUCUGAUGACUGCAUUAAGUGCCAGUUCAGGUUCUGAGCUCAGUAUUAAAUUUACCCCUUGCAUUACCAGUUUAUAACGGGGUGGGGGGGGUGGGGGGUAAUGUGUCAUUCAGUCCCCACUGAUACCUUUUUCUUUUAAACAAAAAGGGGUGGUUGUUUUUUUUUUAAGUUGGAAGGGCUUUAACACUACUAUGUGAUCUGGUUUGAUUGUAAGAGUAGUGAACCUUGAAAAACAACCUAGAAUUUUACGCGUUUUGUUUGAAAGGGGGAGGAAACAAUCAAUCCAAACCAUAGGACAUAAUCCAUGGGGAAUUUUCCUUCUGCAAUUCUAUAAAAAAAAUAAAUGCACUUCCUGUCCCCUUGUAAUAGGGUGUGUUUUGGAGUAUAGAUUCAGACAGUCAUUUCCUCCCCAGAGAGAGUUUUACUUUUGCAAUCAUUCAACGAGGCCAGAUUUUUUAGCAUGUUGCAUUUUCACAGCUUCUCGGAGAUGCACCUGCAAAUUGUUGCACUUGUGGACUCACACCCAACCUUUCAGGCCAUUCAAUUUCAUCUCAUGCCUGUCACUUGUGAGAGCCACAUAGUCAAAAAAAAGUUAACAGUUCCUGAGGGAGAAAACAGAUCAUCUGAAUCUAUCCACAACAGGGCUUGUGAAGAUGUUCUUAAUGAAAUACGCCUGUAGACUUCUGCCUUAAAUGGGCACCAGAUUUUGCUGAGAUUAGACAAUCUGAGCCUAUCUAAUUCACACAACCCAGCCUCUCUCUCUCCCUACUACGGUGGUGCAUUGCACAUCAGGGAUUCUAAAGCCACCACGAGCAGUAAAUGCUUGGGGUCUUUUUUUGUUGUUAUUGUUAUUGUCCUUGGUUGAUUUUUACCUGUUGAGAUUUUCAAAUCAACAUGAAAUUUGCUAGUGAAUUAUUUAAAAACACAGUGAAGAAACAAGACUCUAUGCAGACAACUCUAAAGCCUUGAAUUCACAAAAGAUCAUGUUGGGUUUUUUUUUUUAAGUAAAGGAAUAAUAUUAUGGACACUGAUAAUUAUGCAAAUAUUAAAAGUGACUGCAUUCUGGAGAAAGAGGAAUUAUAAACAACCCUUCGGUAGAUAGAGAAUAUUGUAAAAAAAUGUGAAGACCUCUUAAUUGGCUUAUUUGGAAAGUGGGAAGGAACAACCAAAGUAAUGUAUCUGCCUGGCAGAGAAAGUAGACAUAGGUUCCAUCCCACAUGUUAGGUAUUUUCAAUCACAAGUGCAAUUUGGUUUUUACCUUUGAAGGCUGACCUUUUCCAUGAGUUAAAUUUUAGUGGCUUUAAGUAUUCGAAAAUAUACUUCUUUUAUAAAUAUUCUGUUACUCUGAGCAUAUCAAAGCAAGUCCCAAACUCCUUAAAACAUGCAAAUCUCUGUGGAAAGUUCAACAGUGUUUAAUUUAAAUAGGUUGCACAGCUAUGGACCCAAUUCCCACUGCGAAUGCCUGCGCUGCAAGCUAUGUUGAAAGCACUGGGAACUUCACACAAACACAGCCAUGUUGUUGCACAGAAUUCACCCAGUGCGUUCGGUAGGGCUUAAAUGCAUAUAAGGCAUUCUGAGGUGGAAUUAUGUCUUGCAUCUGGCUCUUAAGGCAUAUAGUUUUAUAAUUUACUAUGAAUUUAGAAGUGGAAGAUGUUAAUUUAUGCCUGCCCUCAAAGUGUAGACUUGCUUACCUAUUAGGCAAACAAUAUUCCAUUUUUGGGAGCUUAGUGAUGAAUGGAGUAAUUGUUUUUGAAUCUUUUAUUGUCUGACAACAUUCUCAUUGUAAAUAAUUAAGGAACUUUUAAAUUUAAUUUAUCUUGCAAAAUUUGCAGUGACUGGGUUGUUAGAAUGAUUUUAAUUUAAGAGAUACGAUUUUUAUAGACUUCCCUGCUUCUCAUUAUGACUCCUGCAGUUUUCUUAACCUAAAAAAAUAAUAAAAAAAAUGUUGCAAUGGUGAACAAAGAAAUAUACAAAAAAUAAUGAAACCCAUAAUUUUGUACCUUUAUUUUGGAAUUUCUUGUUCUAUUAUAAAUAUUGAAGUAUCCCUAUUUCAGAAGACAUAUUUUGUUAAUUGAUUGUACAUAUUUAAAUAUGUAUUUUUGCACAGGUCGUUUUUUUUUUCUUAUAUCCAGUUUUGGUACAAUUGAAAAUCAUCUAGUAUUUAUUAAUUAAAAAAGGAAAAAAAGCAAAUACCCUUUUUUUUUAUAAUUUGAAGUGGUUCACUGCCAAGCCAAUAGCUAACAUGCCUACUUUGCAGUUUUUAAGGGAUGCCUCUGUCUGGGGAGUGGUGGCGAGGGCAUUCUCUCCCUUGUCUUGGGAAUUGCUACGUACAAGUGAAAGUCCCGUCCCCCCCAUCCCCCCUCCCGCUUCUCCAAUUCUUAGCAGCGAGGCGAGGUCACAUCGCGUGGCAUGUUGUUGACCUCCUCUGGUAUAUACAGCAUAGCUUACAAUUGCCUGAUUUCCAGAAGACUACAUUUAGUUGUGACACACUGCUUUAUUUUUAUUUUUUUCAUUUUAGCAUUUGUGUGUAUGUGUAUGUGCACACCUCUGUGCCCGCAUAUGUGCACACAGAGGUGUGAGUCUUUAUAUGGUUUAAAAACUAAUGGAAAAACUGAAAGUGCCUGAUUUAUAUAUCUAGAUUUUAAGCUUGGACUGUUCUUUAGACAGCUUCUCCUUUAAAGACUUGAAUGUUCUGUUUUAAAAAAAAUAAAAUUU